AUGUUGUCAAAAUGGACGCAACGAGGUGCGCAAUUGUUUGCAGCAUACGUUGUGACGCAUUUGAUCGUGAUAGUGGUGGACAACUGCCGUAUCAUUGAUCACACGCAAAUAAAAACUAAGAAAAUUUCCGAUGGGCCACUGAUUGUUAAGGAUUCUUCUGGAAAUGUAAAUGAAGGUGAAGACGAGGAAAAUGAUGUUACAUCAGCGGAUCCAAAGAAAGAUCAAGAUGAAGAAAAUUUGGUACCUCAUUUAGUUGAACCAGUAAUACAAAAGGUACCAGUGAUUGCCAAAAAAUUUUUUGAGAAUUUCGAACGUGAAGCGAGGUUAGUACACUCGAAGUCAAAUGAUUUCCUGUUAUUUACUUUAAUUAAUGGGGCUUAUUUAAAUCUGACUCUAAACUGGUUAUGUAACGUCGCACCAUUUCGGACAUCAAUCCAUCGUAAGACGUUAAUUGUUAGCUUGGAUGCGGAAGCUUGCAAAAUGAUCCAGAAGAAUUGGAAAGAAGUGAAAUGCAUGUAUUUUAAAGUGCGCGGUGAUUACAAUAGUCCACUUAGUUGGGGACGACAAAACUAUAUCAAUUUGCUCACUCUUCGUUCGCAACUUUUGCUAAUUCUUGCUCAGUUGGAACUACCAUAUAUUUUAUUUGAAACUGAUGCGGUUUGGCUAAGAGAUCCUAUGGAAUUCUUUCAAAACCAAACACUUAUCGAUGAUGCUGACAUUAUAAUACCGACAAAAGGUUAUCCAGAUCAUGGCUUGACGUAUGCGUUCGAUCCAAUGAUCGUUUAUCCUUCAAAUGCGUCUCUUAUGUUGAUGCGUGAAUUAAAUUUGCAACUUUCAAAGGAUCCAAAACUAUAUGACCAGGAUGUUCUGGAUCAGCUGUGUCGUCAACAGUACUUCGGAGUAGUAUGUCGUCAGUUUGAAUGGAGUGAAGUAGCUGAUGGAAAGUGGUUUAAACUGUCGGAAUCGGAACGUGCUCAUUUGAGACCUUAUAUUAUUAACAACAACUAUUACGUUGGUGUCGAUAAUAAAAUCAGUCGGCAAGCAUUAAAUGACCUAUGGUUCUUGUCAGUGAAGAGGAACUGUAACCUCUCAAAGGUUCGAAAUCUGCUGCACAAAUAUAAAUCGUAG